CAACAACACCAACCUCACGAGUCUUCCUCCUUGGCCCGCGAUCCUCGGCCUUUUUGACUAGAUCCUCGCCAAACUCUGUCUCGUGCCGUGUUGCCCUACAUAACGACAUCCGCAUCUUCCGCCCUACUCACACCUAUUUCAUCCCUGAGCACCGCAAACCUGUACAUCUAACGAAGACCACGACCGUUAACGACCAUCACGAGACAAAGACCGUACGAGUCUCCGUCAUAACCUGAUUCAAUCCUUCUUGGAUGAUUAUGUUUAUUGCUUCAACACAUUUGAUCCAUUGAUACCUGCCGCUGUCAUACACGGACCUCCCUCAGCACCGCAGCCGCACCACACGAUACGACGCCAUCUCCAGACAAGUAUUCGCCACUCACCACACCAAUUCCUCAUCGUUCGUCCGACUGCUUCCGACGCGAUACUGCAUCACCGCAGUUUCCCUCAUCAACUCUAUCCGUCCCGUCGGUCCUUGUGCGACAUUUGGGGCGUUGGGUGAUAACCACCUAGCCCCCUUUCAUUAGCCAACACGGCUCCUCCGCGAGAAGCAGACUUCCGCGACAUGGCCAUGGAUGCGCUGAAAAACCUCUCGACAAACGUGCCUGACUGGCUCAAGCGCCUCGAUAACCUCAGCGGCCAGAUCGACCGUCGUCAGGCCGAGCUGGCCGCUGUCGCCGCUGCCGAGGGCAAGAGUGCAGAGACCAAAUCCCUUCGGAACAAGGGAUCGACCGAGUCCCUCAAGCCCAAGGAUGACCCUCCUGUAGUUCACGCCGAACCCCCCGCUGGAGAUGCCAUUCUCGAAGACCCUCCCAACGCGGAGCAGCCCUCAGAAACUCACGCGGAGCUACCGAAACAUACACCGAGCCCCGAAUCUAUUCAACAGCAGCAGGAAGUCAUCAAGGCGGCGCGUGCCCGAGCACGAGCUCAGGUCAAGAAGAAGCCCAAGUCACCAUCCAUGAUGUCGAACGAAGAUGCUCCCCAAGCAUAUAGAACACGCAGCUUGAUCAUUGUCUUUUAUGACAGCUAUGUACAAGGGUUCUUUGACGAGCUUGUGAGGUUUGUCUCGUCAAGCCGAAACCUGAUGCGCAAGGCCAAGAUGGCCGCCCGAGUUGCCCAGAUCAAGAAGCUCGCCGAGCAAGAUGUAUCAGAGGAUGGAAGCAAUGGUGAAGACGAUCUUCCUUCAUUGCGAUAUAUGAGCAGCAGACGAUUCGGUCCCAUGUCAAUAUCCCGAAACGGUCCCAACAGUGGACCACCCGAUGUAUACGACAACCUGGAUAAGGGCCUCGAGUUUGUGCAAAGCAUGUGCGAGCAUGGUGCCCAUCAAUUCCUCCGCGAUGGAGACUGCAACGACGAGAUCUCCAAGGUCCAGAAGCGACUCGCCGAGGUUCUGGAGAUGGCCAACAAGGAGAUGGAGCGUGUGCAACGUGAGGAGCCUGAGCUAGCAAAAGAGACGGGUGAGAUAGGCAAGGUUCGCACAAGAAGGCCCAUCAGCAUGCGCCGGGAUAUGAGCGUUGGCCUCAAGGAGGGCAGCCCGACACCUACCAAGGAGGAGAACAAGCUGGAGCCCGCCAAGGAAGAGCCCGGCAAGAUAGAAGCUGCCGAGCCAGCCCAAAUGGACCUCUCAGCACCUCUAGCAGUGGAUCCAGAUGUCAUGGAGGCCGACGAGGGCAUCGACAUGGAGAUCCCCAAGCUACAAUAUCGAUCGACCCGGGCGAUGCGGAACCGUGGACCAUAGAAUGGACACGAACCGCGUAUUUGGGCGAUAGCCAUCGAAGCGCCGUGACGGAUAUUCCUUGAUACCUACCGCAACAUCAACAUCCAUCACACAUCCAUCAUAUUGUUUGUUAGCCUUUGCUCUGCUCUGCUAUUCAUUCAUCAAUCACUGGCGGCGUCACGGACUGGGAGAAGAAGAAACUCGAGGGAAAUGAUUGGAUAUUAUUUUUGUCACCAAAACCAAACCCCCUUCUUUCACACAUCUCUUGUCUAUCUACUAUUUACGAAGCGCGAGCAUUGCAUCCACGCGGGAUGACCUUGUCCUCAUUGUCAAACUUUUUGUCUUUUUUGUCCCUUUCUCUCUCUUUUUUGAACAUUCUGGAGCCUUAAAAAAGAAAGACCAUUCAUAGCGUGGGGUCGUUGCAUGCUGCUCUCGGGGUCGGGGUCUUGUUGUUGAUCUUUGGACAUCAUGUUCUAUUUUUUUCCAUAUAUCUUAUCUUAGGUUCACGGUUACGAACAAAUGGGAAUACCUGAAAAGAGGUUGCACGAGAUAUCAUGUGCCUCGACUAUC